CUGGCUGCAGGGUCCACAUGUCUACGCAUUAUUUUCCAGUUAUGGAAUGACAUCCAAGCAAAUCAACCAGCUUUUUGUGGUAGGAUUUGGUUCGUCCAUGGUUUUUGGUACAGUUGUGGGCUCGUUUGCUGAUAGACUAGGAAGAAAAUUUAAUUGUAUUCUUUAUGGAGUGUUGUAUGGAGUGGAUUGCCUGUCAAAGCAUGUACCCAGUUACUGGGUGUUGUUGGUUGGUCGUGUAGCCGGUGGAAUGGCAACAUCCAUUUUGUUUAGUGCUUUUGAAUCAUGGGUAGUCUGUGAACAUGACAAGCGAGGAUUUAGUAAAGAUUUGCUUAGUGACUUGUUUUCAAAUGCCUUUCUGGGGAACUCCUUGGUUGCCAUUGUCUCAGGCCUGGUUGCUCAAGUCUUUGCGAGUCAUUUUGGUUUUAUAGCUCCAUUUAGUCUGUCAUUUGUACUGCUGGUCCUUACAAGUGGAAUUAUCUGUUGCUGUUGGACAGAAAACUAUGGAAAUAUAAGCAGUGAUACAAGGCUCUCUGUAAUUUGGCAAGGAAUGCAAGUUAUUAGACAGGAUCCAAAAGUUUUUUGCCUCGGACUGAUACAGUCUUUGUUUGAGGGAUCGAUGUACUCUUUUGUGUUAGAAUGGACUCCAGCUCUCACUCCUGAAUUUUUAGAUUCAGGAGUAGGCAUAAAUAAUGUUGACCAAGACAACAUUCCACAUGGAUGGAUAUUUGCUUCUUUCAUGGUGUCUGUAAUGCUUGGUUCACAUGUCUUUAAGUUACUCUCUAGAGUAACUUCUGUGGAGUCAUUUUUGAGACCUGUAUUUGGAAUGGCAGCCCUGUCGUUGAUCACUCCUAUAGUUUUUUCAAAGAACCAAUCUGUUGUUUUUGUUGGAUUCUUGGUGUUUGAGUUUUGUGUUGGAGUCUUCUGGCCAGCUAUGGGAGUGCUGAGAAGUAAAUACGUCCCUGAAUCAGCUCGUGCUACUGUCAUGAACAUAUUUCGUGUUCCUUUAAACCUUAUUGUCAUCACUCUUCUAGUUCAGGACUUGUACCUUCCAUCGGUGUUUUUUUGUUGUGUGGUGUUCUUGUCCAUCUGUUGUGCCGUGCAGCACUGGUUAUAUCACUUAUCUUUCCGUUUUUCAACUUCUACAGAUGACGUAAAAGGAGAAGCGCAUUCAGAAAUUUGUGACGUCGUACGUACAGUAUAGAGCUGUUACGUGACAUAAGCCAAAGAGAGAGCCUAUGGUUAUUCUGGAAUACCUGAAGUUGUCUUCCUAAGGGUCAAAAGAAGGAUAAUCAACUUUUUCUCAUCCGGACUGAUUAAAUUUUUUCAUGUAGUUGUCAAAAUAUUACGAAUCAGUCCGUGACUCAUUUGGAAC